AACAGAGAUCGUAUUCACUGCUAACAAACAUACUCUUCAGCAUCAUCAACAGAUUGAAGAAGAAGAAGCGAGAGAGUUUGAAAUAAACGAUCAAUGUUGAAGCGUCACUUACUGUUAAUAUUAAACAAGUAGAAGAAUUCAAAAUAUUAUCAGGGAUGCCUGGGAAAACUAUUUUCUUUUCUCCUCCGAAUAGUAGUUGUGCUAAUAGUAGCAAUAAUAAUAAUUUGGAUACAAAAGAUGGUGAAGGUAAUAAUAAUUCGUCCCCAUCUUCAAUUUCUAUUAAAGGAGCUAUUAAACCCUCAUUACUAUCGAGAGGAGAUGAAGGAAGUUUAUCUGAGUAUAUCAGAUUGCACAGCACGAAUAUUGUUGAGGAAUUAAUGUUUUCGGCAACUUCAUCUAGGAUUGGGUUGGCAAUUAUAAUUUUAAUGUCGUUUGUGUUGUCUUUAAUUUAUGGAUUUGUAACAAUGAGUUGGGAAAAGAAUGUGAUUAAUAUUGUGGUGAUUGUGGGGCAAAUUCUUCUAAGUAAGAAUGGAGUUAGGUCGUUGUUUGUGAAGGAUGAGGUUAUCAAGGUCGAGAAUGGAGAUCGACUUCGUUUGGCAGUAUUGUUGGUCUUGUUGACAACUCGAUUCUUUCUCUUUGAUAAGAAUAAGAUUUUAUUUGUGCCAACCAUGUUGACCUAUCAUUUUGGAGGGAAUAAGGUUUAUUUGCAAUCAACCUUUUUGGGAUUACUGCCAACUUUCUACUUGUGUUCACUGUAUUGUGGAUCUGCUUGUUGGCAGGGAUAUUUGCACUAUUUGGAAAAUGGAUUUAAUGAAGAAUGUGUCUGUAUUUUGGCAGAAGGUUGUGGAUUGGGUUUUUGUUUGUGGGUGACAACUUUUUAUUUGGUAACAGCUACUGGUUAUCUAACUAUGAAAGUCAAAACAUUGGAAGAUACUAGAAACAAAUUGGAGGAAGCUCUUAGUGUGAGGAAUACAUUUAUGAGUCAUAUUUCUCAUGAAUUUAGUAUUUCUUUAUUGUUGAUUGAAGACAUUUUACGACUUGUUAAGAUUGAACACGAAAAGGGAAAAAAUGGGAGCAAACAUGUAUUUGAUCUGGGAAAGGCCUUGAAUGUGUUGGAUAAAAUGGUGAGUGGAUAUGCAAAGCAAUUCAGUGUUACUUUGAAAUUUACAUAUGAAAGUGUAAAGAAUUUGAUAAUUGAAUCAAACCAGUCACAGUUAUUGCAAAUUUUGAGUAAUUUAAUAACAAAUGGAAUUAAAGCGUCCAAGGCGAAUUCUAUUGUAGAAAUUGAAGCAAAAGUCAUUCAAAAGAAUGAAGAAAAUAAUAGUGCCAUGGUCCAAUUCAAAAUUAUCGAUCACGGAAAAGGAAUACCAGAAAGCAUGAUUCCAUCAAUUUUUGAACCAUUUGUUCAAUUGGGAAAUGUUAAUGAAUCCAAAGUGCCUAGCUCAGGAUUAGGUCUAACAACAGUAGCUCAUUUAGUGAAUUUAAUGAAUGGAGAAAUCAAUGUUAAAUCAACUCUUGGAAAGGGAAGUGAGUUUAUUGUAGAGUUACCAUUUGAUCUUGCUUCACCUGAAUCUCAAGAAGAAAUUAACCAAGAUCCCAUUUUAGAACUCCAAUUAGCAGUUCCUCAAGAGCAAUUAAAAGCUGGAUCUUCUGCAUGUAUGGAUGAGGGCAUUACAGGGAAUGUUAUUGUUGCUGAGGAUAAUGCAGUGAACAGAAAGGUCAUUGUUAAAAUGUUGUCCAGUUUAGGUUAUAAGGCAGAUUCAGUAUGUAAUGGUGAGGAGUUAAUUCAACAAUUUGAUCCAACAAGACACAAAAUUGUAAUCACAGAUAUGAACAUGCCAAGUAUGAAUGGAAUUGAUGCAGCAAAAGAGUUGAGAAAUAGAUAUGGAAAUGAUUUUAAGAUUUUCCUCUUGACGGGAAAUGUAAUGGCAAAUGAGGAUAAUUAUUCAUCAAUUAUUGAUAGGGUCAUUAUCAAACCUAUUUCCAAAUCAAGCUUGGAACAAUUAAUAUCAUAAUGAACUUCAAUAGAGGAUAUAAAUUUGUACAAAGUACUAGUAGUUAACUACUCAAUAUCAGCCAAACAGAAAAAACACCCUACUCAAUGGCAAUUUACAAUCCCUAAUUACCAAAAAAUAACUUCCAGCUGUACUAUUACAAUAUGUUCUUACAAACAAUCCCAUCUCAUUAAUUGAUAAAACAUUUACUAGUUUAAGUUAUAA